GCAGGUUCGGUUUCAGCGACAAGUUGCGGAUCGGCCACGCCCCGUUAUCGAUGGCCCCGCCCUCAUAUAGGCACCACGGCGCCGCUGGGUCCGGGAGUAUGGACCUUCCGCAGCUGCCGGACUCUAACGUCCGGUACCGGGACCGGUGCUUCUGGGAAUCGCGGUACCGGGAAGUGGGGGCUGCUCCGGCUGAGUGGUUUGGGGGCUUAUCCUGCUUCCGCGAGCAGCUGGAGGCGGAGCUGCGCCCGGGGGACCGGAUCCUGGUGUUGGGCUGUGGAAACAGUUCCCUGAGCUCCGACCUGUUCCAGCUUGGCUACACGGAUGUUACCAGCAUUGACUACUCUCCGGUGUGCAUCGCGGGCAUGCGAGCCCGCUACGCCCGGUGCCAGGGCCUGCAGUGGGUGGUGAUGGACGCUCGGGACUUGGCCUUCGCAGACGGCACCUUCGAUGUGGUUCUGGAGAAGGGCAUGCUGGAUUCCAUGAUGGUGGCAGAGAUGGACCCCUGGAACGUGUCGCCAGAGACCAUAGCGCUGCUGGACCAGGUGCUGAAGGAGGUCAGCAGAGUCUUGCGGCCGGGAGGCCGUUUCAUCUCCAUCACCUUCGCCCAGCCGCACUUCCGCAAGCGCCAUUAUGCCCAGCCCGCCUAUGGCUGGUCCCUGCGUCAUGCCACCUACGGCAGUGACUUCCACUACUUCCUCUACGUUAUGUGCAAGGGCCAGGAGCUGUCCCCUGCCGACUUGGUGCUGGGGCAGAGACUCCACGAGCUGGCCUGCCCCGCCCGCCCGCCCAGCUUCCUCCAGGCCUUGGACAGCGAGGAUUAUCUCAGUGCUAUUGAGCUGUGAGCGGGAAGGGCCUGCCACUGUUGUAGCAGC